CACCUUUGCCUUGACCCUUCUGAAAAAGCUGGGUAAAGACAACUCGAAAAAUGUGUUUAUCUCGCCCCUAAGCAUCUCCUCUGCCCUGGCCAUGGUCCUCAUGGGGGCCAGGGGCAACACCGCAGCCCAGAUGUCCCAGGGGUGCCCCCCGGCCCUCCGGGCUCAGCUGUCUGGACCUUCUCUCUGUGGCUCCCAUCAAGCCGCUGAUGACCGGGACCGGCCCUCAGACUCUGCGUCCUGGCCACACAGUGCCCAGUGGGCUCCUCGUGAUCCAGGAGCGGCCCCGAUCUCGGGAGGAGCUCUCCUCUGCGUGACCGCUCUACCGCUUUGUCACGAGCCCCCAGCAGGAUGGCUGCGCGUUUCUGCACCCUGGCAACAGGGGGCAAGACAGCGAACGUAGAGUUGCCAGGCCUUUACGAAGGCCCAGGCCCAGGAGAGCCACUUCUCCUGUGUCCGCCGGUCGGAGCCCGUCCCGAGGCCAUUCCAGACCUGAAGCCGUGGCCUGUUUGUGCAGAGACGGGAGGCCUGUCUGCCGGCCCUGUCUGCAGGCAGACCAUGAGCGCAGGGCACUGGGCUUGCCAAGGGGCCUUCCUGUGCCUGCCGUCGCCAUUUGACCCCGCGGGAGGCAGGCUGGGGGGCUCCCAGAGGCCUUGUGCCUUUCUUUGGACGCUCUCUCUAAGCACGAGCAGUGGCAGAGGUGACGAUGUCCACCAGGGUUUUCAGAACCUUCUCAGCGAAGUUAACAGGCCCGGCACACAGUACUUGCUCAGAACCGCCAACAGGCUCUUUGGAGAGAAGACUUACGAUUUCCUCUCGUCUUUCAGAGAUGCCUGCUGCAAGUUCUACCAAGCAGAGAUGGAAGAGCUGGACUUUGUCAGUGCUACGGAGGAGUCCGUGAAGCACAUAAACACCUGGGUAGCCGAAAAGACAGACGGUAAAAUUAGAGACUUGCUCUCUGCAAAUUCAGUUGACCCCAUGACUCGUCUGGUUCUCGUGAAUGCCAUCUACUUCAAAGGAAACUGGGCUGAACAAUUUAACAAGGAGCACACCAUGGAAAGGCCAUUCAAAGUCAGCAAGACCGUGGAGAAACCUGUGCAAAUGAUGUUCAAGAAGUCCACCUUUAAAAUGACCUACAUUGAAGAGAUAAGCACCCAGAUUCUGGUGCUUCCCUACAUCGGCCAAGAGCUGAACAUGGUCAUCCUGCUGCCCAGUGAAAGCACCGACUUGAACAUGGUGGAGAAAGCCCUGACCUACGAGAAAUUUGUCGCAUGGACGAAGCCGGACGUGCUGGGUGAGGAGGAGGUGGAGGUGUUUCUGCCUCGGUUCACACUGGAGGAGAGUUAUGACAUGGAGGGCGUCCUCCGAGACCUGGGCAUGACCGACGCGUUCGAUGCGGCCUGCGCCGACUUCAGUGGGAUGUCGUCCGGGCAAGGCCUGCACCUGUCCAAGGUCGUACACAAGUCCUUUGUGGAGGUCACCGAGGAGGGCACGGAGGCCGCGGCCGCCACGGGGGCCGUGGUCGUGAUGCUCUGCCUGCGGAUCGUGCCCCGGUUCUGUGCAGACCGGCCCUUCCUCUUCUUCAUCCAGCACGGCAAGACCGGGGCCAUCCUGUUCUGCGGCCGCUUUUGCUCGCCAUGACGGGGUGCUGGAGGCGCCCCGGUGCUCCUCACCGCUCUCCCGAUGUCUGGAAGAGCUGCAACCCCAGUGACCUUGGCGAAGGUCCACAAAUAAAGGGCUGAUGAAGAC